AUGAGCUCGUCAACGCCGCUCACACUCAAGCCAGCGACUCCGACGCCGGCAGCGAAGAAGGCUGUGCCCACGCGGGCACAGCUUGCGCCGUGGGACUUCGACUACAGGUCCGCACCAGACGGCAAGGACGCCAACUUGUUGAUCAUGUUCCAUGGCCUGGGCGACACCAAAGCCGCAUUUGCAGGACUGGGUAAGCAACUCAACCUGCCUUCAACCGCUGUGCUCUCAUUACAAGCUCCCAAUGUCAUCCCCCUCCUCGACGGCGCGUACACGUGGUACAACACCUUUGACCCAAUGUUCAACCCCCUGCCGCACCCGGACCCGUCGCCGACGCUCCCGGCGCUGCGCAAGCUCCUCACAACGCUCAUAACUGUGCUGGGGUGGCGGGCGGAACAGAUCCACCUGUUCGGAUGGGGCCAGGGCGGGACGAUGGCGCUCGAGCUCGCGCUGGCCGUGGGCCGUACCCCGCUCCAGUUCAAGCUCACCGUCACGGAGCAGUCAGCACAGCCGAAAGAGGUCGCCGUCGAGGCCAAGCGGCUGGGAUCGGCCGUGUCGGUGUGUGCGGGGCUGGAAUCGUUCCCCUCUGCAGCUAUACAUGCCCCCACGCCCGUACUGUGGUUUAUGCGCUCGCCAAAGCCGCAGCAGGAGACGGGGCUCAAGCGCGCGUUCACGACGAUGGAAGUCGCCAAGGGGAGCGGGCAGGGCGAGGACAUGCCCCGCGGCAGACCCGAGUGGGAGCCCAUCAUGCGCUUCUGGGGCCAGGUGCUCGCUAGGGGAGACGAGGGGUGGAAGGGCGAUGGCGAGGUGUACGAGGUCGUCAAGGAGUAG